GCUCAAACCAAACUUGCAGCGAAGUUAUUUAUCAAGUUUUAAAAGCAAAAAUGAUGUUAACAAUAUUUGGUAUACCACAAAAGAUUACCUACAACGAUUUAAAAAAGUUAAUCCAAGAGGAAUGUAAUAUUAGUCAAUUUUUGCUGGGUGACUUUUUACAAGACAUGAAUGGCACGAAAAAUAUAAAGAUCUGUGUAACUGAUGGAAACGAGGGUGACUUGGUAAAAAAAGGAUUGGAUGGAUAUAAACUGGAUAAAAGUAUUCUCUCUGUGGCUCCAGUAGCUUCAAAAACACACACUGUUGAAAAAAGUAGAGUUGUUACAAUGAACACUGCUAUUCCUUGUACUGAAAAUAUUGAUAAUCAAGUAACCAGUUCUACCAAACCUAUUCUAAAAGUAAAAGAGUUACCUACUGAAAAUAAACUCAGAAAGAAGAAGAGUAAGGCUAAAAGAGCAAGCAAGAAACGGCGUUUAAAGAUAGCAAAAAAACAAGCUCUAAUGAAUGAUGCUUUUCAAAUAGCAACACCAAUCUUUUUUACGGACAUGAUUAGCCAAUAUUCUGCACAGAUUGCACUAACCAUGAGCCAACCAGCUAGUUUUGAUCAGCGAAAAGAAACAACCCCAAGUAUCAAAAUGAGUUUUCCUGUUGUUAAAGAGACAUGUAAAAGAUUAAAAGAGAUGACUAAAGCUGAUGAACUUGUAAUGGAUAGGAUAGGGCAGAAACUGUCAAACUUAGAUGUUAAAGCGACAGCCUCUAAAGAUAAAGAGUUGGGUGUUUGUGUGGUGAUAACAAGUGGUCUUACUGGUCAUCUCAGCCAAGAUGCUGUGGACUUAGUUCUGGAUUCAAUUCAUACUAAGUUGAUAGAAGAUUCUAAUAUUGAAACAAUAUACAUACCAGUGUUCACAAAAAACCCACAAUACAUAGAUGGGACUGUUAUAUUAUUUUGCAAGGAUCAAAAUACGUUCAAUUGGCUUGAACCAGUUGUUCUGAAUCCCGAAUUAAUGAGAGGUAUGCUCCUGACUAUAAAUAAAGUCGAUUUUAAAGAUAAACUUCUAUGUGGCAUUGUAAUACCUGAUAGAGCAGACAUAUUGAAAAAUCCACGUCUUAUAUUACAGUUAUUGAGUCGACAAAAUCUUUGGAUUGAUGUGCAAAGUUGGCAGUUUGUAGGAAGUGAACCUCAGCCACAGAAUUAUUUUAUGAAAGUCUUAAUACCUAGAGAUCAUUGGAAUAUAUUAAUUAGUAGAAAAAGUACACUGGCAUAUUCUUUAGGCUCAGUAUUUGUUAAGUUUUUAGGACAAGCAGAGAUUAAAGUUGAAGAUGUAUCAAUAAGCAGUAUUUAACAGUGGUAGAUUCCACAACAAUAUUGUUGUGUGCACAAAUGGGCCGGGUUGAUCGGUGAAUUACCACAACCAUACAGA